UUGACCCCAAACGUAAACUAAACAUUCUCAUCUUUUCUCUCAAAACUACCAUAAAAUCUCUCAGUUAAAGUAUUCAAACCGCAUUUAUCAAAGUGUAAAGACAAGAUGAAUAUCUUGCCGAAGAAAAGUUGGCAUGUUCGAACAAAGAAGAAUAUAGAACGUGUCCGUAGUGAUGAAGCAAAGGCAGCUGAAGAAGAGAAAGAAGUUGAACGUCGCAAAGCUUUGGCAGAACAAGAGGCUCGUAUUGACCUUCUUCGACGACGAAAACUAGGUGAUGGGUCUCAUUCGAAAGAUGAGCAAGAUAGAGGGAAGUCUGAAAUCAUCCAGUUUGAGCCUGCUAAGCAUAUCAACUUCUUUGAGGCAGAAGAGGAAGGGAAGAAACAGAAGACAACAAAUGAUGAUUAUGAAAAGGAGAAAAAUGCAGAAAAAGAGAAAUAUGAGAAGAGUAUUGGUCUGUUGACGUACCUUGGACAGAGCUCUAUUGAAUCACAGACCGAGAAGACCUGGUAUGAUGCCCUGCCACCGCAGAUCAGAAAGAGGAAAAGAUCGCCUGAAGUAGAAACAACCCCUAAUGAAAAGCGAUACAAGAGGUUAAAAGAAGAAGAAGAUAAGAAGAAGAAGGCUGCCUUGGACCCGAUGAUGACGAUGGCUAAAUAUGUGGAUAUUACCAAAAAGGUGGAUGAUAAAAAGCAUGGAAGAGACCGGUAUGAUGAAAAGUCAAAGAAACACAAGCACCAACACAAGGACAAAAAUAACAAAAACUCUAUAGAGUCUGGCAAAAAGACAAUUGAACAAUUACGGACGGAGCGUUUAAGACGAGAAAAAGCUGAACGGGAAAAAACAGAGAAACUUUUAGCAAAAAUGCGAGGAGAAACUCCAAAGGAGGAGGAGAAGAUCCCAGAUGAACGAACUAUGAAAUAUAAUUCUCAAUUUAAUCCAGAGUUUGUUAGAAAGCCAAGGAAACCUAGAGAUAUGAGGGAGUUCUAUUGAACUAGUCCUUUUUCCUGUGACUUUUCUCUAUUAGUGGAUUGUGGAUGCACCAAGGCAGCAAACUGUGUAUUGGCGAUGCCAAUGUGAAUUGGUGUCUGUGUGUGUGGCAGGGGUUGGGGGUCAAAACACGCGGAUGAAUAAUGAAAAAAGUUUAU